CGAGAGAGGCGGAAGCGAUCCCUGGAGCCGCCGCUCCCUCACAGAUCUGCUCCGUCGGGCUGGCGAUGGCGUCAAGGUUACUGCGGGUGUGCAGUGCCCUCCAAGGCCUCAGCGCGAGUCGAGGCGGCCUCAGCCUCGGUCCGCUGCGCCUGGCGGGGGCGUCUCGCUGCAUGGCGGAUGGAGGUAUCCCCACUGAUGAAGAACAGGCUACGGGAAUGGAGAGGAAAGUCAUGGAGGCUUUGAAGAAGGGGCUGGAUCCCUACAGCAUGUUCCCACCCAAAAAGCAUGCUGGGACAAAGGAGGACCCCACCUUAGUCCCUUCUGUCACAGACAAGAGGAUUGUAGGGUGUAUCUGUGAGGAAGACAGCAGCUCCAUCAUCUGGUUCUGGGUGCACAAGGGGGAAAUGCAUCGCUGCCCUUCUUGCGGGGCCCAUUACAAGCUUGUUCCCCACGAGGUGCCGUGAUUUGGCUCUGAACACAUUCCCUGUGUAUGGUUUCCGGGAUCCAAGCCUAAGCUGAGCAGCUGUUUGUCUUGAUGUAUCACAUUCCUUGCAACUCUGUAAUAAAGUCUUUUGACUCCUA